CCACCCCCACGCUCCAACAUUAAUCUUUUUUUCCCACCCGAUGAUUCCUCUCCGCGUCCCGUGGUAAACAAACCCAAAUGGUGGAGUGUUUCAAAACGGAUAUGACCUCGGAGACCGUCGCCCCAGCCGAAACCCAGCAACUGACACCCCAAACGCCGGUACUGACCGUGGCCUGUCGCAUUUUGAGGUCGCCGAGCCACGAGAGCGUCACCACGGACUUGUCGCUGUUUUCGGUCAGCUCGGUCGCGUCUGAGAACGCGGCCUGUGGCGGACGGAGAUUGCUGAACUUGAACAAGUGCGACGGCAGUCUCAGGGGACCGAGCCCUAACCCGGAUACCAGGAACCAAAACAGACCCGCCGAUAUUCCGGAAAUUCUCUGGUUUGAAGAAGAAACCGAGCUCAUCAGAAGCUGCGGGGCUCUGUCUUCGGCCGUGGGUCUUCAAAAAAGUUUCAGCACAAGCGACAUUAGUCAGCUGCCUUCUCCCGAUGAUUGCCCGAACGCCCAGGGACUAAGAAACGCAGUUUCGGAACUGGCACUCAACUCGUUACAGAGAUCGGGAUUGUUAUUGGAAAAUGCCCGGCUCGAUCACACUUCCAGAUCCUGUUCGACGUGGGUGGCGGUAGGAGACAUCGCCUCUACUUCCCAACUGCCGUCGCCGCAUGGGGGUCAAGCGGCUGGCGGCAACGCCCGCCAACCUAGCAGUACACCGCCUCCGCCGGCCUUCACUGCCGCCGAUUUUAUCCGAUCCGUUAACAAAAAAGUUCGUCAGAAUUAUAUCAGACGUCGACUGCUGACCACGUACAAAGCCUUAGAGCGACUUUCGCAAAGCGAGUUCAACUUGGAUAGGCUGGAAGUUGCCCCAUCUACGGCCCGGGCGAGUAUUGAGCCCCCUCAGGCUACCAUGUGCCCUGGCCCCACCCGGCUCUCAGUGCCUGGAUCAAGUCCCACCCCGAGCAAGUCGCCGACGACUUCCAGCAGCACCAACGCCGCCAUGUUGCGAGCAGCGAAACAACGGGCGGGAAAAAACCUCCCGUUGACCAUCAUGGACGUGGAGAGGGAGAGGGGAAAACCGUUGUCGAAAUACGAACGGAACAUGAUGAUUUUCAAUUGGCUCCACACCUUGGACGACACGGCCUUCGUCGAGGGCAUUCAGUAAAGGUAAUCGUAAAUUUCCCGCCACUUACGACAAUGCCUGACUUUAGAAUGAAUGGGUUUUUUAACGGAACCGUUCCAAAUUACGUCUCGAUGUAAAGUAAACAAUUAUUUUCAAAAAAAUUAUAAAGUACGAGUGAAUAUAAUUAUUAUACAGGGUUAGUCAAAAGCCACAACGGCCACAUAUCUCAGGAAUUAUUGGAACCAAACCUGAAAAUUAGGCUGGAUCCAAUGGUGACAUAGACAACGUUGCCAUAUUUAUGGUAUGUUUUUAUUUAUUUUUUUUAUUGUUCUUUUAUUUUUCACACCCUAUACCCAAAUUCAAUCGUCUUUGCAGGAAUGACAAAAAUGAUUUAACCAAUGAUUUAAGAAUUUAAUUUAUCAGCGACAUAAUGAAUUAUUUUAAGGAAUUAGUAAACUUAAAAAAACGUGUUAUGGACUAACCCUGUACAUUAUUUCAGAAAGUGUUUGUACCAUGCAACACUAAACAUAAAAACUGUGUGGUUUUUGUUAAACGAGCUGUCAAAAACAACAUACACAAUUUAAACUAGCUUUAACAAAAUUAAUGAAAUACGUAGGUAAUGCGAAACGCACUAAAUCAAAUUUGUUAUGCCCAUUAACGCGCCAAAGAGCACCUACGAAAUAUUUGAUAGCAACACAAAUUGUGGAAUAUUCGACAAUUUGCGAAAAAAGGGAAAAGAGGCCGCCUAAAAAUCUCAUUUACAAAUGAAUAGAUUUCAAAAGUAUUGACAAAUGUAUAAUAAAUUACUGUAACUGCAAAAAUGUGUCUCAUGACAAAUUAAACACAUAGAAAAGGAAGAAUAAAUCGCCAUUGUUAUCCAAAAUGCUUUACAUAUUUUGUUGAAACUUGGUAGGAGUGAAACAAUAUUCAAUACCAUCAAAAGAGGAAAAAAAUCCUUUUUUAUAUAUAUUUCCGACAGUCUAUUUCUCGCUAUUGCUUAAAAAAAUAUAUUUGUAAAAAACAUACAUAAAUAAAAAAAGAAGUAAUUAACAACAAAACAAAUUUUGCGGAUUAUUUGGCAAUUUUCGAAAAGAACAUGGAAAAAAGGCUUAAACUCACAUUUACCUUGAGCCAUAUUGAAUAGAUUUGUAAAUCGGGAUGUUGUAACAUAAAUGCCUCUACAGUUUUUGAAAUUUCUGUCGACAUUAUGCAUCGUUGUCUGUUUUUAGUUAUUUAUUUGCCUUCUAUUGUUAAUUAUUACUUAAAAACACAUCUUUAAUCAAAAUGUCGCAUUUUGUAUUAGCAAUUUAAAAAGAAUUAUAUGUGUCUUGUUUGUUGCCUAUUAAAACUGCAAUUACAUGUGCUCUAACGAUGGCCUUACAGUGUGCGAAGCGGCCUAAAGAAGUUCUCUGAUUUCAAAAUGUCCAAUAGUACUACAGACAAUAAAAAAGUACAAUGACAGGUCUCCGUUUAAUCGCCAUAACCAAAACUUUCAAUUUUUAGCUUGCGCCGCCAUACAAAAACUUGGAUAUUUUUUUAGACCGCCUUGUAUACGAAAACGUUCCGAUUUCAUUCUUAUUGUGAUCUGUACAUAUACAUAUUACAAAUUAUUACUAUUGAAACUGUUUGUGUUAUGUUAAAUGUAAGUGUAUAAGGUAUUUACUGGAUAUAUAUUAAAUAACGGAAAAUAAUACUUAUAAGAUUGGAGAAAAAAAACAUAUUGUAGUACUAAUUAUUUAGGUGUAUCCAAUAAAACUCAUUAAAAAUCAUAUCAUAAUAAAAUUC